AUGCUUCAAUAAUUCUUGAAUAUGGGAUUUACUUAAUAAUAGAUAGUCAAAGCUUAACAAAUAUGCAAAUAAUAUAGAAACUUAGAGAUAUUAGAUGUGCUUCUAAAAAAUGUUUAGUCUCCAAUAAAAGAAUAAUAACAAUCCCAAUCCUAGAUUUUGAGAGAAUUGUCAUUUGAUGUUUUGACUCCUGAUUAGAGAUUGCGAUAAAAGGGAAGACCUGUAGGAUUGAAAAAUUUAGCUAAUGGUUUUUGUGAUAUUUAUGUUAGUUUGUUAUUUGAAUUCUCUGAUAUAGACAUAUUUUCAUAAUCCAAUUUUUGUGAAAGAGAUAUUGAGCUUUAAAUAUCCAGUUUAAUUGAAUUUUGAGGAUCUAUUAAAUAAGAAUGAAGCAAAAGCAAAGAGAAUAAAGUCAUCAAUUGAUUUAGUUGUACAUUUGUAGAGGUUUCAAUAAUAAUAAUUUUAGACUAUUUGCUUACUUAGUUCAUACAGAUAGAAAGUAUGUAGAUCCAUAUAGAGUAUUCUUAAAUGUGGUAGAUGAAUUUGGUAAUAGAUUUUAAUUGGGUGAUUAAAAAGAUUGGGCGGAGUUCAAUUUAUAAUUUAUAACAUGUAUUGAUGAAGGAUUAAAAUAUCAUGAGAAUAAAAUAAUGGAUGCUGAAAUGUAUAAUGAAAAUGGUGAAUAACAUGAAUCAGAUUAGUAUCAUAAUAAAUCAGGAAUUAUACAAACUAGAUCUAUGAUAUUAUUGGAUGAGAAUAAAACUAAAUUAAUAGAAUAAUAACCAUUACAAUCAUAACCUUAAAAUUAAACUAUAAUUAAUAGAUUAUUCUUUGGAAAAAUUAAAGAAUAUAUUACACAUCCAAAUUAAAGAAAUUAAAGUGAAGAAUAAGAAUAAAUAUUUUUAUAGAUUAUUUUAAAUGUUAAAAAUAAGAGUUUAUAUUAAGCUUGGGAAGCAAAUAAUUCAUUUUCAAUAGAAGGAUAUCGUAAUGGAAGUGAAGUAAUUGAAUUAGCUGAAAAAACUAUUUGGAUUACUUAAGUACCUGAUUCUUUGUUAUUCUAAAUUUAAAGAGUAGGAUAUGAUCCAGAGAGAGGAUUAAUAAAAUUAAAUGAUGAAUUUAGAUUUGAAAAAGAGAUUUAUGCUGAUAGAUUUCUUUUAGAAAAUAGAUAGAAGGUUAUUGAAACAUAAUAAUAAUUAAAUGAACUUAAAAUUUAAUAAGCAGAAUUAUUAUUUCAAAUGGAUAAAUAUUAAAAUUAUGGAGGGAUUUCAAUGUUAACUAUCUUAAAUACAGCUACUAAAUAUGUAAAAGAAGUAAAACCAAAUGAUGAAAUAAUGCAAUAAAGAAUUGAAUAAUGUAGAUUAAGUAUACAAUUAAUUUUAUAGAAAUUUCAAUUAUAAUUGGAUUAAAUUAAUUAGAAGAUUGAAGAUUUAUAUGCUAUAAUGAAAAAAUAUAAGUAUUUUCUUUAAAGUAUUUUAAUCCAUGAAGGUGCAGCAGAAUCUGGUCAUUAUUAUACUUAUAUCUAUAAUCCAUCAUUAAAAUUAUGGUUUAAAUUUAAUGAUAUCAAUGUUACUUAAGUAAGUGAAGAAAAAGUAUUACGUGAUUCUUAUGGAGAUGGUAAAUCAAAAACUAAUGCAUAUUGUUUAAUUUAUUAACGUGCUGAUCAUUUUGAUCCACAAUCUUAUUCAGAUUAUACAAAUAAUUCUGUUUAUGCUCAAUAUAUUCAAUAGAAUCUCUAUGAAGAAGUUACUAAUGAUAACAAAAAGUUUUCUAUUGAAUAAUAAGAAUAUGAACUUGUAGAAUUGGGAGAUUUAGUUGUUGAAAUCUAUAAUGUAUAAUUUCAAUAAGUUAAUGAAAUGGCUAGAAAAUUUAAAUAUAGAAAUGGUAAUCCACUUAACAAUUUUCCAACCUAUUUACGUACUCUCUUAGAUCAAAUGAAUGACUUAGUUAAAUGGAGUAUUUUAGAUUAUGCUAUCAGAGAAGCAUCACAAGGCAAAAGAACUUUGAAAGAUUAUUAAGAAUAAAUGAUCUUUCAAUAAAGGUAUAUAUAUCUAUUAUUAUAUAUUCAUCCUAGAAUCAAAUACAAUUUUGAAUAAUUGAGUCAUUUCAAAGUACCAUCCAAAUACGAAGUUGACAAACAAACCAUUAAACAUCUUCAGUAUUACUAUCUGUAAUAUAUUUCAUCACUCAGAAUCACUGCAAUACAAUAAUUUUAGCAUAUUUGA